CUAUCAAACUCCACAGUCCUUCUACAGUCCACAGCUGUAUAACGGUCCUCUCUCCUCGUGUCCUCUCUUCACCAGCAGUCAGGCAUCAUGUUUCACAGCCAGAGCAUCUCCAGCGGUCCAAUGAUUACCAGGCAGAGCCGCAGCUACACAUCCAGCGCUGCACCCCACAAGGCCCACAGCGUGUCUGGACUCAGUUUCAGCAGACAGGGCCAGCGCAUCUCCUCUAGCCAAGCGCGCACUGUCUCCUCUGGGUUUGGAGGUGGCAUGGGGUUUGGAGGUGGCAUGGGGUUCGGCAGCGGCGGGUUUGACCUGUCCAACGCCCUGGACCAGAGCAACGUCAACAUGAAUGAGAAGGCCACCAUGCAGAACCUGAACGAUCGUCUGGCCUCCUAUCUUGACAAGGUCCGCUCUCUAGAGUCGGCCAACUCCAAGCUGGAGGUGCAGAUCAGAGAGUACUAUGAGCAGAAGGGCCCGGCAGCUGAGAGGGACUACAGCAAAUACUGGGCCAUCAUCAAUGACCUGAAGGACAAGAUUGCCGCCGCCACCAUCGGCAAUGCCAACAUCCUCCUCCAGAUUGACAACUCCAAACUGGCUGCUGAUGACUUCAAAAUCAAAUUCGAUCAUGAGCUGAUGAUGCAGUCAGUUGAGGCUGACAUUGCCAACUUGCGCCGUCUCCUGGAUCAGACCACUUUGACCAAGGCCGACCUGGAGAUGCAGAUCGAGGGCCUGCAAGAUGAGCUGGCCUACCUCAAGAAGAAUCACGCAGAGGAGCUGGCAGCCCUGCGCUCUCAGCUUACUGGCACAGUCAAUGUGGAGGUGGACGCUGCACCCCAGCAGGACCUGAACAAAGUCUUGGAAGAGAUCCGCGCCCAGUAUGAGUCCAUCACUGACAAACACCGUCGCGACCAGGAGGCCUGGUUUAAUGAUAAGUCGGCAGUUUUGAGCAAGGAGGUCGCCAUCAGCACAGAGGUAAUCCAGACGUCCAAGACAGAGAUCAACGACCUGAGGCGCACACUACAAGGCCUGGAGAUUGAGCUGCAGUCUCAGCUCAGCAUGAAAGGGGCUCUGGAGAACACACUGGCAGAGACAGAUGCUCGUUACGGCGCUAUGCUAUCCGGUUACCAAAACACAAUUAACAUGCUUGAAUCAGAACUCGCCAACGUGCGUGCAAGCAUCGAGCAACAGGGCCAGGACUACAGGAUGCUGCUGGACAUCAAGACCAGGCUGGAGCAGGAGAUCGCAACCUACAGGAGGCUGCUGGACACAGAGGAGUCCAGACCAAUUGGUGGAGGGGGCUCAAAAACCACAGUCACAACCACUGUGCGCAGCUCAAGCUAGGAGUUCCAGCUGGCAGGACAAGCUGUUCUCAGACACACACGCGCACACACACACACACACACACACACACACACACACAUUUUGAU